UGUCAAGUUCUGUCUUGUCUUGGUUCUGUCAAGUUGCCGUUGUUUUGUAUUGUGCCAUUUUGUACCAUAAUAUCUUUAAUUUCAUCCACAGAAAACACUUAAUUGCUUUAAAAUGCUAAUACUGUUCGAAGACCGGUGAAGAUUCAUUGCCAAGGUUAUCGUAAAGUGUUAUCAUGUGGGUUAAGCCGCAGGAAGUGUUUAUAAAAACUGCGUUGUGGGAUAGUGAUGAUACGACGCUGUAUUUCGUGCUUCAGAGACGAAAAGGGCAUGGCAAGUCGGCGGGUCUGUCUUCGUUGCUCGUUAGCACGUUCGACAGUGUCAGAGACACAAAGCCUGCUCCAUACCGGAUACUCCACCAAACUCCAAAUUCGGAAAUAUAUUAUGUUAUAUCAUCAGCACUAACGGAGCAAGAUAUUCGUCAAGAUUGGCAGUGGUUGCUGGACAAUGUCUGCCCGACACUACAUUCCUUUGAUACAGAGGAGGAGGUCACGGAGUUUGUUUGUUGUAAAAUCAACUCCAUCAUUGCUACGGAACAAGAAAACUUUACAGAAGAUGAGGAUACAAUAACAUACAAAAAUGUUGUGUAUGAGUUCCACCAAAGGUUCGGAAUGCCGAAAGAUGAAAAAUUGGUGUGUUAUUACUCCUGCAGUUACUGGAAAAGUAAAAUGCCCAGACAAGGUUGGAUGUACCUGUCCGUCCACUACAUGUGCUUCUAUUCCAACAUAUUCGGACACAAGACCACAAUCAAGAUCCGAUGGGCCGAUGUGACAGAGCUAGCCAAGACCAACAGUUUACUGUUUCCGGACUCCAUAAAAGUGGUGACCAGAGAUGCAGAGCAUUACUUUACCUUGUUCUUGAAGAAAAAUGAGACAUAUGCGCUUAUGCAGCAAUUAGCGAAUAUUGCAAUGAAACAGUUGAUCGACGACAAAUCAGGCAGCUUCAAUAUAGACAAGGACCUUCUAACGAAACUCAGCAAAAACGUACCAAAGAAACCCUCCUUCUUGAAACGAGACCUGGACGCGAGAAAGCAGUCUAAUCUCUACACGCUAAGGUUCAGAUUGCCGCAGACGGAGAAGCUGGACGGGUCCGAAGAGUGUUCCCUGUGGACGCCUUAUAAUAAAAGGCAUAAUUGGGGGCGAUUGUACUUAUCACAGAAUUUCAUUUGUUUUGAUAGUCGGGUGCGUAACCUGGUCCGUCUAACGAUCCCCCUGCGCACCGUGCACCAAGUGGAGCGCGCGGACUCGGGCGGCACGGGCAGCGCGGACUCGGGCAGCAUCCUCAUCACCACCGCGCACCACACCAGCUUCCUCUUCGGCAACAUCUCCGACCGCGAGUUCCUGGUGCACAAGAUCUCAGAGCUCCUAGCGAAGCUGCCCAAUGGUGUGUACAGGGAGAAGCCACACAAGAAGACCGAGGAGCCGUCGUGGGUGCCGCAGCCGCCGCUGAUGUCGCUGUUCUUGACGCAGCAGACUUCGCCUAUCAAGCAGAUACAGCAGAAAAAGGAGAAACAAUGGGAAGACCAUAUGACAGAUGUCGGCCGCGGCAUCAGCAUGUACCAAACCACCGCCGGCAGCGAGCUGGUCAUCAACGGCAUACCAGAGUCCCUCCGAGGCGAACUAUGGAGUGUCUUCUCUGGCUCCAUACUACAGAAGACUCAAAAUAAAGGACUGUACGAACGGCUGGUGAAUGAAGCGUUGUCUUCGAAGAAUCAGGCGAAUGAUGAGAUUGAAAGAGAUUUGCAUCGGUCGCUGCCCGAGCAUCCGGCUUUUCAGAAUAAUGUUGGUAUCUCUGCACUCCGCCGCGUCCUCUGCGCGUACGCACUCAAGAACCCGACCAUCGGCUACUGCCAAGCCAUGAACAUCGUGGCUUCAGUGCUGCUCAUAUACUGUCCAGAAGAGCAAGCGUUCUGGCUACUGGCCACUAUCUGCGAGACGCUACUGCCCGAUUAUUACAAUACGAGGGUCGUUGGCGCUUUGGUCGACCAAGGCGUCCUAGAAGAGCUAACAGAAGCCCACCUGCCCGAGCUCCACGCGAAGCUAGACGAGCUCGGCAUGAUGAACAUGAUCUCUCUGUCCUGGUUCCUCACGCUGUUCAUCAGCGUCAUGCCCUACGAGUGCGCCGUCAACGUCAUGGAUUGUUUCUUCUACGACGGAGCUAAGGUUAUCUUCCAGGUAACGCUAAAAAUUCUGGAUAUCAACCGAGACAAACUGCUCAAAUGUACAGAAGACGGGCAGGCCAUGCAGGUGCUCAAUGACUACCUGAAGGGCAUAUACAAUGAUGAGGCUAUGGCGUUAUCUACUGAGCCGAGGACCGCUGAGAAGAGCGUGAAAAUCCAAGAGAUCAUCUACCAGUCCUACCGCUCAUAUGGGCAGAGCGUAACACCAGAGUGCAUAGAACAUCUCCGACUAAAACACAGGCUGCGAGUGGUUCGGCAGCUGGAAGACAGCCUCGAGAGGAACACGCUGCGAGCGCUGCAGAUGGACCGGCUGCUGGAGCCGCAGGAACUGCAGGAACUAUUAAGUAUAAUCCGCGAAGAGCUCCUGUGGGCUAAACGCGUGCCGUGCGAGCGACUAGAGGCCCCAUACGAGGCGUACAGGCUGGACUACACGCAGUUCAAGAACCUGUUCACUGCUCUGUCGCCGUGGGGGAAGGGGGAGUGCGCUGAGGCCAUCACUGCUAGGAUGUUUAAGCUAAUGGACAACGACGAGGACGGGUUCGUGUCGGCGCGCGGGCUGUCGCUGGCGCUGGGCGCGAGCGCGCGCGCGGAGGCGGCGCGGCGCCUGCGCGUGCUGUACUGCGCGCACGCGCCGCCGCUGCUGGCGCGCGCCGAGCUGCGCGACCCCCGCGCGCAGCGCGCCGGCGCGGAGCUCGCCGCUGAUGCCAUCUCUUUCUUCGACAGCGUAGAAAACGCAUCCGGAUCUGAACCUAUUCCUCAAGAGCUACAGCGGUCUAUAAGCGACGCCGGCGAUGCCGGCUACAUGGAUAAAUCCAGCGACAGCUCCAAUAGCCAAUCAGCUUCCUCCAGCGUGGACCCCAUAGCGGAGUCCAUCCGCGCCUGCGCGUGGUCCGGCAUGGGCUCGGGCUCGGGCGCGUCCACACCGGGCGCGUCCACGCCGGGCGCGGCGCCGGCCACGGCCCCGCCGCUGUCUCGGGCGCACUUCCUUCAGCUGUUGGCGGCCGUACACUCACUCACGCUGCACAAGGACCAGCUGUAUGAGGCGGCGGCACAGGCUGGUACGCUCCUGUUGAAGAUGGGUGAAUGGAACCACCAGCGGCCGAGCCUGGACCGCGAGAUAUCGCAGGACAGCUUGUACUUGGCCGCGGCCGAGAAGCAGCCCGGGAUACGACAGAUGGAUCCAAAUGGCAACACAACCUCCGACCAAGAAACUGAGCCAUCCCCGUCAAAGGAAACCGAACCUUCGUCAGACGACGAAUGGUCCAUUUCCCUUGAGCAGUUCCUCGCCACAAUGCUCUCACAAGAACCUCUAGAGGCGUUCUUCAACGAGAAAGUAUCCAUAUUGCCAGAUUUAGAAGCCUUAAAACAAAGAGACAGGUUUCAGUCGAUGUCGUGAAGGUAUAUUUGUAAACUUAAAACGCAUGUUUUCUAAUUAUGAAAGAGAUUUAAUGAGGCCUUUUGCGCAAUAUAUGCAUUGUAAAAUCGCUUCACCAUAUUAGAGCUAUUGUCGUUUGUUGUCAAAUGUGUGACGGCAAGUAAUAUAAGCCCAUUGACCAAGCAAAAGGUACCAGUUUACCAGUAUGUGCUUUAUUUCGUUAUAAAAUCGUAUCCGGAACGAUCUCUAUUUUAAAGUGUAGGUGUUUUUAGGCCACUCCACGCUAGCGUCUCUCGAGCGUCGACGUAUAGUUAACUCUAUGGCUGCUGCUCGACGCAAUGUUGACGCAACUGCGCAGCGACGCCAUUUUCCAUAGCCCUGACUAGACGCCGACGCUCAAAAAACGCUAGUGUUUGGUGGCUCUUAUGGCGGACUCCUACUGGAUUGAUCUGUUACUACGUUAGUACCUAAUAUACGCGUAUAAACGUGCUAAUAUUAUUAUAUCUUAAUUAUUGGUUAAACAAAAUUUACUUUUUAUAACAGAAGCAAUCUAUCGAAAAUAGUUUUGCUUAUGAACAAAAGUUAUAUCAACAUAUUUAAACGCCGAUAAAAUUAAGAGUGCAUGAUAUAGCAACUUACAAUAAUUACCAACACAUCUAGCUGUGAAUUAUUUUACUUCUUUAUUAACAAAAAUCGCAUGACUGAUAGGGACGAUGUUAAGUCAGCAUUUGAAAGUAAAAUUGUUGAAUUUAUUGACGUGCUACAUUUUUUGCUUUAUUUUAUUUUAUUUAUCAUUUGGAACAUUCGCAAUAUUCGCAUGUUAAGCGAUAAAAAAACAUUCCAAAUUUUAUGUGGUAACUUAUUUAUUAUUAGUAUUUCCUUGUGUGUAUGAAUUUUAGUAGUAAAGGGUUAGUAUAGAAUGUUUUACAUAGAAAGAGACGGAUGAACUCUUGAAAAUAUGCAACACUGCUAACCUAGCAAUAUUUUUGUUAAAUCACACGCCAGCAAUUAUUUUUCUGUCAAGAUAUUUUAAGGAGUUGCUCCAAUGUGUAGCAGUUAGAUUUUUAAGGAUUAUUAAAAAUAUGUCAGGCAGUGUUAGAAACUGUACAAAAAUACCAACAUAAAAUAUCUUAAUAGCCACUUUGAAAGGUCAUAAGUUUUAUUUUCAAUGAAUUUAUAAAGUAGCCAUAUUAGUUAUAUAAUCAUAUUUUAUUUUUAAGCAAAAUAUUUUUUAGGAAAGUACGGAGGGAUUGCAUAUUUCAUAGCUUGCUAAUGCUUCAUAUGUAAAAUAAUGGUGCUUCGCUAAUAUACAACGUGUCUGUGGAUGUAGUGCAAUAACUAAUGAUUAGGCUGUCAAGGCCAAUCUACUAAGUGUUAAAAUAUAUACUUUUUUGUAUGGCAUCGAUGGUGUUCACGCGGAAUCAGUGCAA